AUGAAUUAUAGAAAACAUUUCAUUCCUUUAGAGUCUGAUCCAGAUAUAUUCACGGAUCUGAUGCACAAACUCGGGGUCUCAGGGUCUUAUGCGUUCGUCGAUGUUUGGUCACUAGAAGACACGAUAGAUAUCCCACGGCCUGUCCUUGCGCUUCUUCUCAUAUUGCCGUCCUGUCCAGAAUACGAAAAGUCCCUCGUAACGCACACGGACUGCGAUGCUAGCAAUAAGGAGGUCAUAUGGUUUAAGCAAACUAUCAAUAACGCGUGUGGCCUCUAUGGGAUCCUUCAUGCUGUUUGCAAUAUACCCGAGAUAAUUGAAGGAGGCUCUAUUCUUCAUAGGCUGAUUCAACUUCCGCCUUCCGACCGCAAUGCCUUUCUAGAAGACUCAAAAGAGGUAGAAGAGCUUUAUCAAGAGGCGGCACUCGUUGGUCGCUCCGAAGCUCCACCCGCUGAAAGCGAAGUGGACCAUCACUAUCUAUGUUUUGUCAAAUCUUCUGGCCAUCUGUAUGAACUCGACGGCGAUCAGGAAGGACCCAUUGACAGAGGGAGCCUGCUGGAGGAAGAGGACCCCCUUUCGGAGGCAGGGAUACAGGCUGUUAGAAAUUACGUCAAUAGCAAAACUGAUGGAGCUUUUGCACUACUGGCAUUGGUUAAAAGUUGA